AUGGAUAAGGAACAAAUAAUUUCGGAUAAUGAUCGAUUACCUGAGGUUGAUGAUAUUGUGUUAUCAGCUCGAAAUAAAGCUUACAAAUUGAUAUCAGUUAUUGGUGAAGGUGGUUAUGGGAGUGUUUUUUUGGCCAAAUGUGAGAAUGAUGAAAAAUUGGUUGCAUUAAAAGCUGAAAAAUUCAGUAAAACAGUAUUAAAAAUUGAAAUUGAAGCAUUACAAGUAGCAAAUCGACGACAUUGUAAGCAUAUCUGCAAGAUAUACGAUUAUGGACAUGUUAAACAGGAAUUUAUGUUUGUUGUGAUGUCAUUACUUGGACCAGAUUUAAACAAGUUAAGAAAUCGUCAACCUAAUCGACAUUUUACACUCCCAACAUCAAUUCGAAUAGCAAUACAAACAUUGAAUGCUAUCGAAGAAUUACAUCAAUGUGGUUUCCUUUCUCGUGAUAUUAAACCUGGCAAUUUUGCAAUUGGCAAUAAGGCUGAUCAUCAACAUCAUUGCAUUUUCAUAUUUGAUUUUGGUCUUGCAAGACGUUAUAUUAAUCGAAAUUUGGAAGUGUUACCAUCACGUGGUGAAAUGGGUUGGCGUGGUACGACACGAUAUGGUUCAUUAAAUGCUCAUCAUCGACAAGAUUUAUCACGACGUGACGAUCUUGAAUCAUGGUUAUAUAUGAUAGUUGAAUUUACUAAAGGGUCACUUCCAUGGCGUUUUCUUACUGAUCGUUUACUCGUACAAACAGCUAAAGAAAAUGCUCGUACAACAACAAAAAAGCAUUUCUUGAAGAUUAUUAUUGAUAAAUUGCAAUUUGAUGAAACACCACCAUAUGCUACAUUUCACAAUAUUUUGAAUGAAAUAGCAGAUGAAAAUGGUAUUGAGUUAACAAUGCGAUAUGAUUGGGAUGAUAGCAUAUCAUCAAUUACAUCUAGUUCUAAUGUAAUAAGUAUUGGGCAAAGUUCAUCAAAAAGUCAUAAAGCUGAAAAUAUUCAACAAGAUCACCCAUCAUAUCAUGAUUUGUCAAUCCAGUUAUAA